AUGAGCUACAAAGAGCUGUCUCUGAUGCUUCAAGUGCACAAACGGUCCCUCAAAGGCUUGGUGUUGGACACGGCAGUGGACAACAGCGGGGCGCUGACCAUUGCCAACACUGUGGGGAGGAACAACAACCUCAAGGCCCUUUGCUUGGGGACAUUUGAUUGUCGCGACGAGACCCGAAGAGAUGGACUCUUGUCUCUGAUUUCUCAGGUCUUGCGGACUCCUAAUUUAAGUCAUGACAAGAGCAGCAGCACCUCUUUGGAAUACCUGAGCCUUGUAUGCCAAGAGUUGGAUGACGAUGGGGUUCACCAGAUUGCCAAGGUUCUCGCCCAAUCAAGACUGCGAGAACUCAUGCUCUUUUUGGACAACGCGAAUGAUACGUCUAUCAGCAGCCGAGGAGUGUCUGCAUUUGCAAAUCUCUUGCAAGCCAGUGACACUAUUGAAGAAAUGAGUGUCAUUUGUAACAUUAUCGACGAUGAUGGGCUUGUUUCCAUUGCUUCUGUUUUGGAACGAAGCAAUCGAACAUUGAAAACUCUUCGUUUGCAAUGCACGAAGCCCCCCCGAGUCACGUCCAAAGGAUAUCACUCCGUUGUUCAAAUGCUCAAGAGGAAUACGGUGGUGGAAGUUUUUGAAUUGAGUCGCAGCGAAGACUCGUCACAAGACGACUCUUUGAUUGAAGUCGACGCGCCUUCCGAGAUGUUAUCUUCGGAGGAUUUCCGUUUGGAAUUUCAACGAGAGAUUGACUUUUAUUUGCGACUCAAUCAAGCCGGUAUCCGUAAUCUUCAGUUGCCGGACUUUGCUCCAAGCCAGUUUCUCGGCAAACUUGUCACGCUGCAAGAUGACUUGGAUGCUCUCUUCUAUAUGCUCUCGGCGAAUCCUUCCUUUGUUGCUUGUGGGGUAAAGGAUACAUCUCCUUAG